GAGUAUAAACGGCUAAAGACCCCAGGGGCCUAGAGGAUGGACUUUUCCAAGGUAGAAAGUGGUCCUGGAGCAGUGGCUUACAGUGAGAAAUCAGAGACUGCCACUCUUGAAGAAGGCUAUGGUUGGCAAAUUCCCAUUGAUCACAAUGCCUUCACAAUUUUAAAAAAUAAUGAGAGUCAGCUGUGUGAAGUCCUUCAGAAUAAAUUUGACUGUAUCUGUACCCUCAUCUCUCCGUCCCCAGAAGGUAACAGUGAGUCUCUGCAAGUCUUCAGACAAAUGCUCAUUCCUGGGUUGGAGUUAUCUGUUUGGAGGGAUGACCUCACCAGACACACUGUUGAUGCUGUGGUGAACGCAGCCAAUGAAGAACUUAUUCAUGCGGGAGGCCUGGCCCAGGCCCUGGUGAAUGCUGGAGGCCCUGAAAUCCAAGAGGAGAGCCGAAGGUUUAUUUCCAGAUUUGGUAAUAUACCAACUGGUAACAUAGUUAUCACAAGAGCAGGGAGACUUCCCUGCAAGUUAAUUAUCCAUGCUGUUGGGCCCCGGUGGGUGGCAAAAGAUCGUCAGAGAUGUAUCUGUAAGCUGCAGAAGGCCAUUAGAAAUAUUCUGAAUUAUGUCACCGAGUCAGACGUUGAGACAGUAGCGAUUCCAGCCCUGAGCUCUGGGAUUUUCCAGUUCCCUCUGGACUUGUGUACACAGACCAUUGUGGAAACUAUCAGUUUUUAUUUCCAAAGGAAGCAACUGGCUGGUAAUUUGAAAGAAAUUCACCUGGUAAGCAAUGAGUACCCUACUGUUGUUGCCUUUAAAAAUGCUUCAGAAGUAAUCCUAGGGGUGAACAAGCCAGGAUCCCGGGUGAAUCAAGAAGCCACCCCACCUGUCAACACGAUUAUUGUAAACAAUUUGACUCUCCAGAUUGUCCAGGGCUACAUUGAACAGCAGGAGACAGAUGUAAUUGUUAAUUCUGUAAAUCCACUGUAUGGUCUUAAGUUCGGACCUGUUUCGACAUCAAUUCUACAACAAGCAGGAGAAGAAAUAGAAUUGGAAUUUAACCAAAAAAUUACUGAGAUACCUCAAGAGUCUCAGUUGGUACUGAUCACAAAAGGAUUUAAAUUGUCCUGUCAAUAUGUAUACCAUGUGUUAUGGCAUUUAAGAUACCCCAAACUGACAACAGUAAUGAAUGAAUGUUUGCAGAAAUGCCUUGAAUUAAAUAACACUUCCAUUUCCUUUCCUGCCCUUGGGACUGGAAGCAUUCGUAUAUGGAUGAAUAUAGCAGCUAAGAUUAUGUUUAAUGAAGUUUUAAAGUUUGCCAAAUGCCAUUUGAAAAAACAAUUAACUGUAAAGUUUGUGAUCUUUCCAGAAGAACUGGAGGUCUAUAAUGCUUUCAGUGCUGAAAUGGCAAAGAGUAAGUCCAGGCUACGGGGUUUCAAUAAUUACAGUGUCCCCCAGUUGACCAGAGAGGAGAAAAGAGAAAAUGGGCUCAAAAGUAAAUCUCCUGCCAUCAGCCUGAUGGGACGCAACAUGGAAAAGAUGAAGGAGGCCCAAGCGUGGAUCCGAAGGAUACUGACCCUCCAGGACCACCACAUCAUUGAGAAUUAUCAUAUACUCUACCUUGGAAAAAGGGAACAUGACAUUUUGACUCAGCUUCAGAAUAAUUUAAGGGUCUCUAUCUCAGAGAUUAUCAGUCUGGAAAAGGUAAUUUUAGAGAUUAAAGGAGCCCAGGCUAGCCUCGUUGAGGUGGUUAUGAACAUUGAACAUAUGCUGUGUGAAGUUCAAGAGGAAAUGGCAAGAAAAAAGGAGCUAGCCCUUUGGAGCUUGUCAGGACAGUGGAUUGAUUGGCAACCAAAAAACCAGGAUGAAAUGAAAAGGAAUACAUUUCUGAAAUGCCUAAAGCUUUCAACUGAGGAAAUUCAGAAUCAGAAGAAACAGUUUGAAAGCUGUGGCUUGCAGGUUAUAAAGGUGGAGGAAAUUGACAAUGUGUUUCUCAUGGCUGUCUUCCAAAGAAAGAAGAAAAUGGUGGAAGAAAGAAUACAUAGGGAUCCUGUGAGCCACAGGUUGUUUCAGCAAGUUCCUUACCAGUUCUGUGAAGCAGUAUGCAGAGUUGGCUUUCAAAGAAUGUACUCGAUGCCCUGUGACCCAAAAUAUGGAGUUGGUAUAUACUUCACCAAGAAUCUGAAAAACCUAGCAUACCAAGUCAAGAAUACAUCUGCCACAGAUGAACUGAUCUAUGUGUUUGAAGCUGAAGUACUCACAGGCUCCUUCUGUCAGGGUCAUCAUUUAAAUAUUUUCCCCCCACCGUUGAGUCCUGGAGAUAUAGAUAGCCAUGACAGCGUGGUUGACAAUGUCUCCAACCCUGAAACCUUUGUUAUUUUUAGUGGCACACAGGCUAUGCCUCGAUAUUUGUGGACUUGCACCCAGGAUCAUGUACAACCACAGAAUGACUCAGCAGGACCAAUGAUGCUAUCUUCACAGCAGCCUUGGGAAAGAUUCUCAAGUGGUAGCUCUGUUGAUUAACCUCUGUUGAU